UGGGGCGGGCCAGCCGGCGGGGCAUUUAAACAACAGUAGACCGUGGCGGGGACUCGCGCCGGCUCUGUGCCCUCCGACCUCCCAGCUCCGGUACCGGCCACGCAAGAUGCGGUCUUCCUUGGCUCCGGGUGUCUGGUUCCUCCGUGCCUUCUCUAGGGACAGCUGGUUCCGUGGCUUCAUCCUGCUGAUCACCUUCCUCGUCUAUGUCUGUUAUCACAUGUCCAGAAAGCCCAUCAGCAUUGUUAAGAGCCGCCUGCACCAGAACUGCUCAGCGCUGGUGAGACCUGAAAAUGACACCCACGAUCCCAACGAUACUACCUGGUGCAGCUGGAGUCCAUUUGACAAAGACGACUACACAGAGUUAUUGGGAGCUGUGGACAACGCCUUCCUAGUGGCUUAUGCCAUUGGCAUGUUUAUUAGUGGAAUCUUUGGGGAGCGGUUGCCCCUCCGUUACUACCUCUCAGCUGGAAUGGUGCUCAGCGGCCUGUUCACCUCCCUCUUUGGUCUGGGGUACUUCUGGGAUAUCCACAUGCUCUGGUACUUUGUGCUUAUCCAGGUCUGCAAUGGGCUUGUUCAGACCACAGGCUGGCCAUCCGUGGUGACCUGUGUCGGCAACUGGUUUGGAAAGGGAAAGCGGGGAUUUAUCAUGGGCAUCUGGAACUCCCACACAUCUGUGGGUAACAUCCUGGGCUCCCUGAUCGCUGGAGUCUGGGUGAACCAGCAGUGGGGCCUGUCAUUCAUCGUGCCUGGCGUUAUCACCGCUGCCAUGGGCAUCAUCACUUUCCUCUUUCUUAUUGAAUAUCCAGAAGAUGUGGACUGCACCCCUCCUCAGCACCAUGAUGACCAGGAGAAGGAACGGGACAACCCCGAGGAUCCUGUGAAUGGUCCCUAUUCCUGUAGGGAGAGUAAUGUGGACAUUGCAGCCAGCUCCUUCAAGGAGCCGGGCUCCGAGCCUGCAGCCAUCAGUUUUCUGGGGGCACUCAAAAUUCCGGGUGUGAUCGAGUUCUCGCUAUGUCUGCUCUUUGCCAAGUUAGUCAGUUACACCUUCCUCUACUGGCUGCCCUUGUACAUCUUCAAUGUGGCUCACUUUAGUGCCAAGGAGGCUGGGGACCUAUCCACACUCUUUGACGCUGGUGGCAUCAUAGGUGGCAUCAUGGCGGGGCUCAUCAGUGACUACACCAAUGGCAGGGCCACCACUUGCUGCAUCAUGCUCAUCUUGGCUGCUCCCAUGAUGUUCUUGUACAACUACAUUGGCCAGAAUGGAAUAGCCAGCUCCAUAGUGAUGCUGAUUAUCUGUGGGCUCCUGGUCAAUGGCCCGUAUGCACUGAUCACCACAGCGGUCUCUGCUGACCUGGGCACACACGAGAGCCUGAAGGGUAACGCCAAGGCCCUCUCCACGGUCACAGCCAUCAUCGACGGGACGGGCUCCAUAGGUGCGGCUCUGGGGCCCCUGCUGGCCGGGCUGAUCUCCCCCACGGGCUGGAACAAUGUCUUCUACAUGCUCAUCUCUGCUGACAUCCUGGCUUGCCUGCUCCUCUGCAGGUUGGUGUACAAAGAGAUCCUGGCCUGGAAGGCGUCCCGGAGCAGAAGCAGUGGAUAUAAACAAAUAUGAGGCCUCGAUUGGAAGAGCAGCAUGGAGGGCACCCAAAGUGCUCCCUAUGAGCAAGAGAACCGAAACGUCCAUCACAAGGUGAGGCAAAGCCUCCUGAUCCAAUCAGUUCAGCCCAAACCCACCCUGCCACUGAGGGUACAGAAGACUAUGGGAAGGGACUGCUGAGCACCCAGCAUGGGAAAAUGGAAGACUCUAAGGCCUGAGCUCUGGGAGCUGCAAUCAGAAGGGAUGGGGCUGAAAGCAGAAGGGAAGACCUGUUCAGACUCUUACUUGUUUGAAUUCCAAGCCAGGACCAAGGCCUGGAAAAGGUGCCUUAUCUCCUUCCAUGUUAAAUUAUAAUCUCUGUAAUUGGUCUGUACCUAUGGGGGCCUCUCACCUUGUUUCAAAGGUGCUGGGCCUCUCUGUCCCUUUGGCCAUCAACUGGUCUUUAUGUAUUUCCCAAACAAGCCCCUCUUCUCCAUCCCCCACUGAUCUUGUUGGUAACGCAGCCACUCUGAAGCACUAGCACUGCUCUCGCAGAGCCAAGGCCAGGGUGGAGCAAGGGGGCUGCCAUGAGUACUGAAUGGAGGGGAACUCGCUCUUGGCUCCUGAGCAUCCCCAUCCUCAGAGUCCAGUACCUCCCUUGCCUCACCCUGAAGCUGCCUCAGUGGAUGAAGACAUUGGGUCAGUGCUGUGAAGACUAAGGGGCGUUGGGCACAACCGAAAAUGCCAGUGUGUGUUAAGCACUGUGUGCCCACCGCAUGGCAGCUCCCCUGUAGGGAUGAACAGGACAGUGGAUACGAGAAUGACUCAACACUGAGCAUAGGCAGCACAUUUAGCAAGAAACGAAUGUGACACUUGACUCAGCCAAGUGGCCGCUACAGAGCAGCUGCCUGGAGCCAUCUUGCAGCCACCCUCCUGCCUAGUGUUCUGAUGCCCGUGCUCCUUCCACUCUGAGUCCUGGAUCAUGACAUGCCAGGCUGACUCCUGGCAUUUCCGCCUGACCUCUAAGCUGCCCAUCAGUGCCAAUACAGAUUUGUUUUUGCCAAUUGUGCCUGUGCUUAUCCUUGGUGGGGCCUAGCAUAGCAGCA